AUGGAUCGAAGCCUCCGACGGAUCUUCAAGCGAUGUGUCGAGUGUCCACUAGUCAAUCCGUCGUGUCCUGUGUGCCCGAGCGGCCAAGUGUGUUCUCAGAUCGCCGAGUCUUGCGACAGUUGCGCCAGGACGGAAUGCGUGCCGAUAAGCCUGUCCACAUCGCCGAACGGGGAGAAGAACCAGAAUAGUGGUUCCAACGUCGGUGCCAUAGCAGGAGGAGUAAUAGGCGGAAUAGCCAUUGUUGCUAUACUGACAUGGCUUAUCUGGAAGUUCUGGAUUAAGAGGCGGCGAGAUGAAUACGAGGACGACGACUGGAAUGAUGCGGAUGCGCCUGUGGAGAAGGAUGGAGACGAAUUCACAAAGCGCCGGGACGCUCGCGCAUCCACUCAUACAGUCGCAUCCUUGGCCUCUACCAUCGCGACACGCGCCUCCAAUGUCAUCCAGAUUGCCUUCAUACCCGGCGUGACAACGCGCGACGGACCAGCUUCGCCAGACCUUCUCGUACCGCCCGUUCCUCCGAUUCCAUCAGCAAUGGGCUCGCCCUCCAUCCGCGGCUCGCCGUACUCUACCGAAGAUCAGCAUUUCUUUGUCCCCGGCGACCUUCGUGGCUCCACCUACUCUGGCCUCACAGACGGCUCCGACGCCCGCAGCAGCUACCGCCACCUAAGCCUUACACCAUCACUCGCACGCAACUCCGUCGCCAGCACCGUCUACCGCAACAACGCCGUCGUCGAUCCAAUGCCAGCACAAACAGUCGUGCGCGGCAAAGCCGCCGUCGUCAGCGUGAAGAGCUCCCAGAGCAACAGCCCUGUCGGGACACCUGGUGCCGAGACGCCGCCUGUACCCAGCAUCGACUACUCCAAGUUCACCAGCAAAGGCCCCUCGAGAUUCCAGAUCCCGCACUCCCUCGCCUCCUCUGCGCGCUCCACGCCGCAUGGCUCCAUCAGGAGCGUCCAGACGGUCGGAAAACCGAAGGCUCUCACCAUCAUCAAGCGCGAGAAGGCGCCGGUGCGCAUGACCAGCUCGGAUACGCUGCAGUCGCAGAACACCGUCAUAUCAUCCGAGACGACAGAGUCGUCACCUUCUGUCCUUAUCGGCCUAGCGCCAUCCGCCAGCCGGCCCUUAACCCAUGUCUCCGAAGCCUCGACCUCUUCGGCAGGGACGGCGCAUAGGCGCGCUCGCCAGUCCGACAACCUCCUCGACGACAGCGAUUCGGAGGGCGAGGGGAACCACGACCGUGCGAGGAUGAGCCUGCUGGGCAGGGACAGCCAGAUCACGGAGAUUGCGGAUACGCCUGCGCUGCCGAUCAGUCCGUUCUCGGAUGCGGGACGCCAGGGGGGCCUGGAAGCUGUGGAAGAGGAGGAGGAUAGGAGUCGUCUUGCAGCCGGAGGAGGUCGGGGGAGGGCGAGGAGUCCGUUUGGGGAUGAGCAUGCUGUUGAGCAGUAG